ACUUAACUACCUUACAUGCUUCUAUCUGAGUGCAGCAAAAUUCAUACACCUGAGCCUGCGUGUGAUGUAGAUGUUAUGGAUUCGGAUUCCGUCGUUUCUGUGUGAAUAAGAAUAAUUAAUAUCGGUCGAUGUGGAGGAAGGAAGUCCUCGAGGUUGUCAGUCAGGAAUAUUCAUUUUCACUUUCAACUGUGCUCUCUGAAGGAACUAGACAGCCAAUACAGUGUGCUUGUUUGUUCUCGACGUACUUAGCUCGCCUCCUUGGCGCGUUUCCUUAGUUUGUAUGCCUCCUUGACAUUGUCUACUUGCAUUUUUCCACGAUCUCUGUCUACUUGCAUUUUUCCACGAUGGUAUCCACCUCCGAUGAGUCCCAUGUGCGCGGCCGCAUUGCGGCGCCGCUCCUCUCUUCGAGAACAAGCGAAGUUGCAGUCGACUACAAUGAACAAAGGCAAAAGAACGCAUCAUCGCCGCCCAAUCUUCCGGGAAGCAGUAGAUCUGACGAACACCGUAAUUAUCCAAAGUCGCGCACUUCAGCUACGUCAGCAACAGGAGCGCCUUCAUCCACCGCCCCUACCACCACAGGUUGCGUCUGCGAGACGAGUCCCGUUUUGAUCGGUUGCGGACUCGUGAACGGCAUUUUGAACAAUGCGAGUUUUUGCGUUUUGCUCGGCGCGUCGCAGAAGAUGGCGAGCGAUUUCAUGGAAAUCGACAAAGUGUCGCUCCUCACCUGUUUGUCCACCGUGGGUUGCCUGAUCGGCAUUCUGACGAAUGCCAAACUCUGUGUGGGUACCUGCAGCGAGAAGUUCCGGUUGUUGCUGCUGCUGACGCUGGUCACCACCGGCUAUGUUAUGAUCAUCAUUGCCUACACCGCGUUACUGGGCCACUCCGCUGGGUUCUACCUGUGCGUGCUGGGUGCCGCAAUCCUUGGUGGUGCGCAGGCGGCGGGGGAAGUACUGAAUCUAACUUUGUGCAUAUGGAAAGAAAAAAGUUUGUCACAGUCACUAACUUGCAGGUUUUGCAUUACAAAUUUUUUUGGCAUCACAAGUUUUCCUAGUAUUGCAGAAACACUAGGGAAAUCCCCUAUGAAGCUUGGCUGUCAUGCAUUUUUACGCAUGACAGCCAAUUUUGUAUUGCAAAAAUGCGCAUGAGUAAUCGUGACGAACUUUUUUUGUUUGAUAGUGCAAGAGCUUUGUUCCGGGAAUGCUCUCCAGCUGGGGCGCGGGGACGGGGUUGUCCGGAAUCUUUGGUUAUGCAUUGCAAAUAUGUCUGGGUCUGGAAGGUGGUAACCUGUGAUGCUGUCUUCGGAUUCCAAAAAGAUCUGCAUUGCACCACCAGCAGGAGGAGUCCAGUUUGUGCUACGCGGGGAGGGCAUUUCUCAUGCGGUAUAGGCAUCCCAUCAGAAAGCCCUCACAAAAUCUAUGAUGCCAGGGCAUGCAUCACAGACAUCAGUACGCAUGCAAAAUGUGCAUGACAAACACGGCAACAUUCCAGACCCAGACACUUUUGCAUUUGAUAUUGAUCCGACGAUCUACUUGCUUCUGACUUCCGGCUGCGGGUUAAACACGGGGGAGACCGCGUUCGUGUUAAUUGCGUCACUUCCACUCUACUUUCUCUGUUUCUACACGGUGGUCGAGAAGCGGGACGCCCAGCUCGAGUUGCAGCAGUACCGGGACAGAAGGUCCUCUGGCCGGGAGCAUAUACCCGCACCACGACCACAGGAGCAGCUCCUCGAGGACAACUAUCCAAUUGCGAUCGAAACUGUCGCAGCAGAGGUGGAAACCAUGCCAGGACCGCACCAGCAAGAGUCUUCUAGUACAGAUACAGGAGGAAGUACAACAACUUCAGGCUCCUCGUCGUCGUCGAGUAACCAUGAGCCUGAGCAGGCCCACGCCGCGACAGUAGAAGGAUCAUCUGCUGGGACGACUGCAAAUGUGGUGGAGGUAGCUGCAGCCACGACCUCCGCUUUAGUACCAGCAGUGGCUGCUCCUCCUGAAUGCUCUUCAUCAAGGCGAUCUACUUGCGAAGGAGGAACCGAUGAUGUCGCUCCAGUAAGCCUCAACCGUACCAGCAGGACCAGAACUGUUUCAUCUGCGAUAAUUAUCUCCUCACCCAGAACGCCUUCCCCCAUCACCUCACGGCCGCCCGGGCGUACCUCUUCGAAGCCCGAGUUUAUGUCACCCCAGCGAGCGGCUUUUGACGAGGACGAGGCCGAGGUCCAGCCCCUCCCGCUCACUUUGGAGAACUUCAAAAGCGUGAUGCGCGGGCGGUGUCGCUUGAUCAUGGCGAACAUGGUAGCGGUUUAUUCGCUAUCAACUGCAAAAGUAUCGUACUAGUAGUAAUUGCAUUACAAAUUAUUGCCUCAGCAUGACAAAUGGAAUUUGUCAUGCUGUUUUAUCUUGGAAAGGAUAUUUGUCAUGCAUAGCUGCAAUUGGUACGAGUGCGAUACAACUUUUGCACAGAAUAUUCGCUGGAGUACCUGAUCAUGUCCGGAUUCGUGGAUCGCGUCACCCUGUUAUGCAUUGCAGAUAUGUCUGGGUCUGGGGGGUGACGACUUGUUAUGCUGUCUUUGGAUUCUAAAAAAAUGUGUAUUGCAUGACCAGCAAGAGGGAGCCAGUUUGUGCUGCGCGGGGAGGGCAUUUCUCAUGCGGGAUAGGCAUCCGCAAGCUCUCUAAAAAUCUGUGAUGCUAGGGCAACGCCACAGGCAUCAGGGGUCAUGUAAAAUGUGCCUGAAAAACCUUUCAUUCUUCCAGACCCAGACAUAUUUGCAAUCGAUACCUGUGCCCCACCGACAACACCUUUCUCGCGACCAACGCCUUCACCGUGUUCUGGACGCUUUACAACGUCGGCGUCACCUAUGGAUGUGUCAGAGUUGAAAUCCUCGACAAAGUUGAAAUAAUUUGUCAUGCACAUGCAGAAAACGGAUACCGCCUGCAGUUUGUAGUCGGUGCAUGACAAAUUGUCCCGGUCCUGGAAGCGAGUCUGUCAUGCGGUUUAGGGCAAAAGGAAAAGACCUGCCUUCUGGCAUGCAAGUCAGCAGUCCAACUCCUGACCCUUACCAGGACUAUAAUCUGCCUCCCUUGCGUCCUCCGCAAUAGAGUCACCUUUUGUAUCGCAUUUUAUGCAUUACAAGUCAUUUCAACUUUGUCGAUUUCAACUCUGACGCAUCCAUAUCACCCUCUCGCGCGCCUCGGUCGCGCUCUUCCGCAUCCAGAAGGUGUACUAUCAAGAAGAAAAAUCCCCCCUCCCCAUAUUGAAAAGGUAUGUCGCCGAAAAUUUGUGUUGCUGAUUUGAGGUCACAAUUCACAUCUGUCUUGCAAAGAAACAACGGUAGAAGCUUCCGCCAUAUUAUGGAAGCGAUUUGUCAUGCUGUUGGGCCUAAAGGGGAGCCGUUUGUCAUGCUGAACAACUAGACCCAUACGCCCCCACUUAGCCUGGGGAUCUGGCUGCAAUGGCUCCAUGCAAUACAGGGCUGAUUUGUGUACACAAGUCCAGCAUUAGAAGUUCCGCUUUGAUAUGGGGAGGGGGGACUUUUCCUUUCGAUAUGUACCUGCUCACCUUCACGCAACUGGUAAACUGCCUGCUCUGGGGCACGGAGGUGUUCGCAAAGGUGCACCGACAGCUGGCUGAGAACGAUCUCGGGUACUACAUUAUGGCCGUGCACAUCGUUUUCGUCGGCUUCAUGGGCGGUGCCUGCUACAGCAACUGCAUGUACUUGUUCAACACGUCGCCGGACAUCCCAGCGGAGUACCGGGAGCUUGGCCUGAAUAUCGGCUUUUUGUUUAGCAACGUCGGAAUAAUCACGGCGACGCUGCUCGCUCUCCUCCUUGACGCUACGGUAAUGAGCAAAGAAAACCUGUUUCCGCCUGAUGGCACAUGUCCACAAUCAUUUUGAAAGGCCUCACUGGUAAAGUAGGGACAACGUCAACAAGAAGAGAAGUUCUAAGCACGUUCGUAGUUGUGCUGGAAGGACAUGCAUUCCAUGUCGAGGAUGAUUUUUACAUAAACGUCAACUAUUCAAUAUCUUUACAUGAAGAUGAACUCCAUGACCAUGUCAUCUUUAAGUCUAGCCAUACAUCAAAAAUCGAGCUGCAGAAAGGAAGGGGGAAGGCGAUUCUGAUUCCACUUGACUUUUAUACGCGUCAGAAA